UUACCCUAAAAAAAAAAAACCAUUUUCCAACUUUUCUUUUAAACAAAACACGACACUGCGAUUCUAAUCUUUCUCUUCCAGUACGUGGUUAACAUAACGAACCUCCGAGAUCCGAUCCCAAUCGUUUCAUCACCAUGUCUAGCUCUGCAAUCAUUGCGGCGCAUUCUAGCUCUUGGGCUGCAGCACUCGUGUAACAAAAGUUUAUACUUUUAGCUUUAUUUUUUUAUUUUUCGUUUAUACUUUAGCUUUAUUUUUUAUUUUUCCUUAUACUAUAUAAAUAAAUAAAUAUAAAAGCCUCACAAAUUGAUUUAUCAUUUUCCCUCCCUCCGAAUAAUUGUUCGAUGGAUCGUUCAUGGGAGGAAGGAAAAAGGGAGGAGGAGAUUGGUUUCAGGCGACUCGCCUCGUUCGUGUGCGAAUUUGAGCCUUUAUCUCAGGAAGAUCUUCAAGCCAUUGACGCCACUCUUCAAUCUUCUCUCCCCAAAUCCACCACCACCACCACCAACACCACCACCAACAACAACAACAAACGUCCAUUCUCCUCUCACUCUCCCACUCGCCACCGCAGCCGCCGCCACUUGCCAACAUCUCUCAUCGCUCUUCAACUCCCACGUUCUCUCUCUUUCUCACCUUCUCCAGGCCAUUCAAAGAUGCGGUUGCCUGUAAUGAAGUUUUGUGGGAAAAUUUUGUAUAGUAGGACUUUUAAUGAUGUUGAGAAGGCUGUAACAAAGUUCAUAAAAAAUAUUGAAGAAAAGAAAAGAGAGAUGAUGCAAAUUGCAAUUGGGUUUGACAUUGAGUGGAAACCCACCUUCAGAAGAGGUGUUCCACCUGGGAAAGCAGCAGUGAUGCAGAUAUGUUGUGACACUAAUCAUUGUCAUGUUCUUCAUCUAAUUCAUUCUGGAAUCCCUCAAAAUCUACAGCUUUUACUUGAAGAUCCCACAGUUUUGAAGGUUGGAGCUGGGAUUGCCGGUGAUGCUACAAAGGUUUCUAGAGAUUAUGGCAUAUCCAUUAAAGGUGUGGAAGAUCUUUCUUUUCAUGCUAAUCAAAAGAUAGGCGGGGGUCUGCAUAAGUGGGGUCUUGCAUCUUUGACCGAAAAACUUUUAUCAAAACAGCUUAUGAAGCCCAGCAAAAUAAGAAUGGGGAAUUGGGAGACUCCUUUUUUGUCAAAGGAACAACUAGACUAUGCUGCCACGGAUGCUUUUGCUUCUUGGUUUCUCUAUCAGGUACUACGGAAUUCUUUGAUGGUCAAGAUAAGACUAUUAAAGAUCUUCCAGAUGUGCAGGAUGUUACCGACAAAGGUAGUGAAGUUGACGUUGUGCCGCAACAAUGACCAUAUCUCAUGUCUGUGUAACAUAAUCCAUUUCUUGUAAAUUACAUUUAGUUAUUUAUUAUUAUUUGUAUUAAAUUUAAAUGUCUGUUGUAACUUUAUGUCCCCGUUAUGGCUGGUAUUUUUAAUUUAAUUGAUAGUGGAUAUUUCAUUCACUAAGGCAAAGAAAAUCAAACAAAAUGCCAUUUUUUUUUACGCAAUGACAAUUUUUUUUCUUAAGAAAUACUUGACGUUCA